ACUUCUUGUCUUUAUUGUUGCGUCUGAUAGACACCAAAGCAACAGAGUCUUUGAAAAAUGAAACGCCGGCCAUCCAGCAUGACCCAGAACAAGGACCACCACGGCACCCACGUGGACGUGAGAGGCGCGAAGUCGAAGAUUAUCGGACUGAUCAGUGGCUCUGUCGUGAGCCGCAGGGAAAAGCAAUCAACAGCAAAGAUCGACAACCCACUCAGCAGCGAUGAUUUGGCACCUCCGCCGCCGUCCGACAGAUUGAAUUACGCAUUGCUCAUCGUCCUGUACACUCUCCAGGGCAUACCGAUGGGCCUGUCCGCCUCCAUUCCAUUCCUUUUGCAAGAAAAAAUCCAGAAAAUGACCGCCGCUUCGGCUGCGGCGGCCGCCGGUACCGAUGUCGCUAUGGGGGCGACUGCGGCUUCCGCCGUUGCAGCAGAAGCGGCACGGGCCUCGUACAACGCCAACGCAAUUUUUGCGCUCUGCAGCUGGCCCUUCUCGCUCAAGCUGUUGUGGGCACCGAUCGUGGACGCGGUCUACUUUAAGCGGUUCGGGAGACGGAAAUCCUGGUUGGUCCCCAUCCAAACCCUCGCGGGGUUGAUCAUGGUGGGAGGGUCGGAUUUCGUAGAGCGACAGCUCGGCCUGGGUAACGUGGCUGCCGUCACCGAAAGUGGCGUCGACGCGGCGGCCGCCGCCGCUGCAUCCAUGAACGUUCGUGGUGUGACGGCGUUUUUCUUUGUUCUGUAUUUCCUGAUGGCGACGCAGGACAUUGCCGUUGACGGAUGGGCACUGACGAUGCUUUCGAAGAAGAAUCGCGGCAGGGGUCCAAUCUGCAACUCGAUCGGACAAAACAUUGGCUACUUUCUGAGUUUUGUGGGAUUUUUGGCACUGAACGAUGUGGAAUCGGCCAACACUCUGUGGCGUCCCCUCCUGAGGUUGCCGCAAAAUCCAAACAAGGGCCUCGUCAGUCUCAAGGGCUUCUUGAGGUUCAUGGGAUCGUUUAUGCUGGUGACAACCGCAGUCGUGGCAAUAUUCAAGAGAGAAAUCAAGGAACCACCGAAGGUUGUCGACAGCAACAACAUAAUUGCAAAAAUCGGAAGGGCAAACUCGAAUGUCAGCGACGAAGACGAGGACGACGACAACGAACUGGAUGCAUCUGAAAUCGGACUGAGAGAAACCUAUCACCGCCUGUGGGCUGUCAGCCAGUUGCCUGCUGUUCGAUGGCUCUUUAUCGUUCUGGUCUCCUAUCGGUUGCCAGUGGCACUGAGCGAUAACGUCAAGUUUCUCAAGGCCGUCGAAUACGGUUUGUCCAAAUCUACAACAGCAAUUUUGUCUCCCACCAUAAUUUUGCCGCUCGGGAUCCUAGUUCCACUGGUCGCAUCCAAGAUCUGGCACAUGGCACCUCUCACCCAAUUCAUGCGAGCCUACGAAUGGCGAGUCACUAUCAUACCACUCCUGGAUAUUCUCAUGCUGCGGAUACUGAAGAGCGGACAGCCCCACAACACAUCGUUCUUUUGGGGCGCGGUCAUUGCGUCCACGGCCGGCCAAGCGAUCUGCAACUCGCUGCAAUUCAAUGCCCAGAUGACCUUCUUCGCCUCGAGGGUCGAUCCAGCGAUCGGUGGAUCCUACAUGACUCUCUUGAACACCAUGGCAAACCUGGGUGGCACAUGGCCGGCGAGUUUCGUAAUGAAGUUGCUCGGAUGGAUGACGCCUACCGUUGCUUCCACCUCUGCGGAGUCACCCACGAAGGCAUCGUCGUCCUGGUUUGGAGAAGAUCCUUACGAAUUCGUGCAGACCAUCCUUUCCGUGCUGGGCAUCGCUUGGAUUAUUGUUCUGGGACCCGUCGUUCGAAGACUUGCUGUGCUGCCCGACGAUUCCUGGAGGACGCAACUGUUGGACGAUGACGGAGACGACGACAAAAUCACAAAGGGUGGCAAGAAAGCCGAAAAGUCUUCCAAGCUAUCUAGUGUCGCCCGGAAACGCGGCGGUGCCUCUAAGCCCCGUAUGAGCGCUGGGACCAAACGCAUAAAUGCCAUGGAAUCUGGCGGUGUUGAAGACACCAAGACAAAGUAAUUGAAUAACAAACCAAGCAGCCU